AAAUAAUACAUGACCACUGAUAAUACUCACAUUAGAAGAAUUAUGAUCAGGAAGAACAGGAACCCUUCUGUUGAGAUCCAGAGAAAAAUUUCACUAUCAUCAUCUCCGAUGAACCAAAGCGAAUAUAUGAAGUCAUCUAUUUGUACAGACAAGAGCGAUUGCGCACCUUCUUUGAUCCGUUCUUGUAAAGUAAGAAGAAAGAGAGUGCUCAAAUUUGACCCUAAAUUUGAAGAAUUCCUCUCCCAUAACCACAAGAGUUGUCUGAAGGAUCUCAAUUGCAGCAUCAAUACUUACGAGGGAGUCUCUGAUUGCUUCGAUGACAAAAUGAAGAAAAAAUUAAGAGCCAGAGUCCAUAAAAGUUGUUCCAGAGAGAGACCAAAUAGAAGAAGGCCUAAGAUUACCAUCAGCAACGAGAUACUGAUAGUUCAAGAGAAUUUUGAACUCCCUGACAUUAAAAAAGCUAGUGAAGGUCUCCAAACUUUAGAGUACAAGAGAAAUAUCUCUAAGAACUCAAAGAAGAAGAUUGGCAGCGAAAAGCCUGGAGAGUCUCGGAACAAAACACUAAAGCAAAAGAUAAGGUCCAGAUUAAGCUUGCUUAAUCGGGAGUUUAGAAGCCAAACUUUGUGUACACUUCCAAGAAUCUCUAACUAAACAGGCUCAUCGCUGAAUCCUUCACUAAUUUUUCCUAUACCAUAAAAUUUCAUAAACCCAU